AAUGUGCUCAGCCUAUUAUUGUUUUACUGGUCUUGUUUCUUCAUGCAUUGGAUGCUAAAUAUACAUCAUGUCAGGCUCAAGACACCUAUGGUUUCAAUAGUUUAUAUAAAGCUGGAGACAUCAUGUUAGGAGGAAUAUUUGCUGUCCAUUUUGAAUUACAGGCACCAGAAAUGUUAUUCAGAUCUAAACCUCUGCAGUGGAAGUGUGAUAGUUUUGAUAUCCUGCUUUUUCAAAGACCACAGACCAUGGCAUUUGCUAUUGAAGAAAUAAACCGAGAUCAAUCCCUUCUCCCAAACAUAACACUUGGAUACAGAAUACUUGACAACUGCAUGAACCUACAGGUGUCUCUGAGAGCAGCAGUAUCUCUGAUAGCCGGACAGGGUGACACCGUAAAUGACAAUAACUGUACAGGACCUCCACCAGUUGUGGCUGUUAUAGGAGAGCCCUUAUCCUCAUAUUCAAUUGCCGUGGCGCGGCUGCUAGGCCUCUUCAGUGUCCCUCAGGUCAGUUAUUGUGCUUCAAGCCCAUUACUAAGCAACAAAAGAGAGUUUCCUUCAUUUUUUAGGACAGUUCCAAGUGAAGCCUUUCAAGUGAUCCCUAAAAUAAUUCAAUAUUUUGGAUGGACCUGGGUAGGUGCUAUAGGAAGUGAUGAUGACUAUGGUGUGUAUGCACUAAAGAGUUUUAGUGAAGAACAUAAGAAAUUUGGCUGCAUUGCUUUUUCAGAAGCUAUUAAUGUCAAUGACAAAUCAAAUCUGAAACGUGCAGUAAAGGUGGUACAACAAUCUAGUGCAAAAGUUAUUGUUGUGUUUCUAACCAAGUUGGAUGCAAGUACUUUAAUAAAUGAAAUUGCUCAUCAAAACAUCACUGGAAAACAAUGGAUAGCAAGCGAUUCAUGGAGUGCUUUCGCUGCAUUAGCCAGCAAUGAAAACUUCAAAUAUUUUGGAGGCACCAUUGGUGUCACAGCAAGAAGAGGGGUCAUCCCUGGACUGGAGCAAUAUCUGCUUCAAGCAAAACCUGAUUAUGAUCAAAAUAAUAAUUUACUAAAGCAGUUCUGGGAAAAAAUAUUUGGUUGCAAGUUUAAUAUAAAUGAUACAGCAACAAAGUAUACUAUGGAAAACAGUAAAGAAUGUACAGGCUUAGAGGAUCUAAAGAGCACCAAAACGGAAUACAGCGAUGUGUCUCAGUUAAGAGCUACCUACAACGUGUAUAAGGCAGUUUAUGCCGUAGCACAAGCUCUGCACAACCUCAACAACUGUGAACAUGGCAAAGGCCCAUUUGAAGGAAACACGUGUGCAGAUAUCACAAGCGUGAAACCCUGGCAGCUUCUGCACUACCUAAAGGAAACAAAUUUCACUGUUCAUUUAGGAGAAAGAGUGACAUUUGAUGAAAAUGGAGAUGCCCUUCCUGUGUUUGACAUUGUAAAUUGGCAACAAACUCCUGACAAAAUGGUGAUUAGCAAAACUAUUGGUGUGUUUGAUCAAUUCACUAGUUCUGGACAACAACUUGUAAUCAAUAAAGAUGAUAUCUUUUGGAAUUUCAACUCAGGAACAGCUCCUGAGUCAGUCUGCAGUAAAAGUUGUCAACCAGGUAGCAGAAAGGCUCACAGGAAAGGAGAGCCAACAUGUUGUUUUGACUGCCUUCCAUGUGCAGACGGAGAGAUCAGCAGUCAUUUAGAUUCCACAGAAUGCUUCAUUUGCCCUCCUGACUCCUGGUCUAACCAAAAAAGAAACAAAUGUAUAUUAAAAGAAGUUGAGUUCUUAUCUUACGACGAUGCAAUGGGAAUUACUUUAACUACAACUACUUUAUUGGGUGUCUGUUCAUCAGUUGUUGUUUUAGCCAUCUUCAUUUAUUUUCGAAACACCCCUGUCGUAAAAGCAAACAAUUCUGAACUAAGUUUUCUUUUGCUCGUGUCACUGACGCUGUGCUUCCUUUGCUCAUUGUGUUUCAUUGGUGAACCCACCCACUGGUCAUGUAGGCUGAGACAUGUUGCUUUUGGAAUCAGCUUUGUUUUGUCCAUUUCUUGUAUUCUUGUAAAAACUAUUGUGGUGAUAAUGGCAUUUAAAGCUACAAAGCCAGGGAAGAGUGUAAUGAAAUGGUUUGGAGCAACCCAGCAGAGAGGCACUGUCUUUUUCUUUACUUUCAUUCAGGCUUUAAUAUGCAUUAUAUGGUUGACAACGGCCCCACCUUUCCCAAAUAAAAACACCAAGUACCAAAAUGCAAAAAUAAUAUUUGAGUGUGACAUUGGAUCAGUGGCAGGCUUUAGCUGUCUGCUGGGAUACAUUGGACUAUUGGCGUGUAUUUCUUUUCUGCUAGCCUUUAUCGCAAGAAGUCUACCAGACACCUUCAAUGAAGCUAAAUUCAUCACAUUCAGCAUGCUCAUCUUCUGCGCAGUCUGGAUAACAUUCAUCCCAGCUUAUAUCAGUUCACCAGGGAAGCACACAGUGGCUGUCGAGAUUUUUGCCAUCUUGGCUUCAAGUUUCGGCCUCCUUUUUGCAAUUUUUGUUCCAAAAUGUUACAUAAUUCUGCUUAGACCAGAGAGAAACACUAAAAAAGCUCUGAUGGGCAAAGAUAUUGCGAAAAAUAAGUGAUAUAAAAAGCCUAAAUAUGAAAUUUGACCUAUGGGUUUAUUAGUUGAAGAAAAUUGUUCAAAUUGUGUUCAUUACAGCUCUAUACUUUUUAGAGGAGCCAUUAAUUAUUAUUUCUACACAAGCACAUACAUUCUGGUGCUGCUGGUUUGCAGUAGUUAUAUGUGAUUACCUAUUAUUAUUAUUAUUAUUAUGCCUGUUUGUAAAAUGCAGUAUAAGAAAAAUGUUUGGAAUUAAGGAGAAUUAGGAAAUGCAUACGUUUUCUGAACAUAUAUUAGAUAAACCUCGUAGCAACUUUAUGCCCCCACUGAAUUAAAUUCAAUUCAACAUAUUUUCCCACAUAAGUGACUGCUCUAUCAGUGACAAGCGCUCCUGUAAAGACAAUGCUGUUUAAAAAAAGGCUUGUCUUUACCAAAGGACUGUGUCCAGCCACAACUGAGAGGGAGGAUGAAUAAGAUUAAAGAUCUGAGUGACUACAAGUGAAGCAUGACACAGGAGCUAACCUUACUGCAUUAGGAAUACAAGCCCUGCUUGGGGUUUUCACAAACACAAUUUAAAAAUAUCAAACCAUGCAAAUCAUCUACACAUCACUGCCUCUGUUUUUAAGGU